AUGUGGAAUAUCCUUUUUACCCUUCUCUUCAAAAGUUUUUCAGAAAGGGUCACAGGCUCAGACAGUGCAAGUAAGCUUUUCUGCACUAUUAUCUACAUAUUAUAUCAUGGAAUUAACCUCGAUUAUGGUUCCAUCCUUUGGCAACAACUAGUUCAGAGCACUCUUUCCAUAACAAGGCACUCAAAGAUCUCUUGUGCUUGGUUAUGGUCCGUCAUCAUCCAACGAGCCAUCAAUCGACUCAACAUUCCGGUGACUAAGGGAUAUAUUAGAGCAGCUAUUCCAAUACUUCACACUUCGAACUUCAUCAUGUCUGAUCGUACGAAGUUCAUGUGUAUUGGUUCAAUUUCGGAGACAAUGCUCAACUAUGUUCCAAAAAAACAAGCUUAUCAACGAGUAUCAAAAGAAACCAACAUCAGAGUCUGGCUCUCUUCUGAAACAAGGGGAGAAGUCAAUAAAACAACUGAUGGUUCUAGUCAACAAGAACAGAAACCAAAUUCAAAUGAUCCGAAGGGUAAUGAAACUUCGAGAUCAAAAGGAAAAGGACAGAUGACUGACGAUGAUGAUGAUGAUGAAAAGGAUGAAGAGGCACAACUUGAACGCCAAUUGAAACGGAAAGCUUUAUCAAUACCAAAUUCAAAGUUGUAUGUGAAGCAAAAAAGUUUAGUCUUUGAGUUUGCACUCACAGACUUGCCAUGCCUUAAACCUUUUCAUUGGAUUUCCUUGUACCAUAUCUUAUUAAAGAAUGAACAAAAAUUCGGACUCAUCAUGGCACAUAUAAAAAGGAUGUUGAUCUCCUAUAUCCAAGAUGUUGGUAAGAUGGACAUGGAGAUUGCGAUUGUCCUCCGAAAGAAGCCUACGGUGCUGCCUAAAGAAGCUCCGAAUAACAUCAGCAAGAUGAGGCUGGGAAAAUUUGAGAAAGAUAAAUAG